CUUCAGUUUUGUGUAAUAAAAUUUGAAUAAUUCAUUCUUCCUUCUCCUUUUGAAAACUACUAUUGGGCUAUAGGUAUUAUUUACAGUACAGCUGGAAAAGAAUGCUUUCCAGUUAGAGCUUGAUUUAGAAAUUAUAUGUCUGAUUGUGGAACAAUUUUUAUUUUAUUUCAUUGUUGUCAGCCACUCAGUCGUGUCCAAUCCUCAGUCACUCUAUGAAUUUGCACUCUCCACGCCUCUAUUUCCCAUACUGCCUCCUUCAGAUCUGCCAUGGUCAUCCCAAUGUCACCCUUGUGUUCAGCUAGUGGGUACUAGGGUGACGCCUUCUCCUUUUUCUGCUGAUCACUCCCAGCAUGACUGACUUUUAGAAUGACCAAAAUAAGACAGCCUCUAUUUGGUGAUCUUGGCUUCAAGUAAUAUUUUGGGGAGGGUCGACCUAGGACUUCUUUGUUAUUUUGCAGCCCAUGGAAGAUGUGUAAUAGUCGCCUCCAGCACCACAGUUCAAACACACCCAUUCUUCUCCUAUCUGCUUUUUUCAAGAGUUCAAGUUUCACAGCCAUAAGUAGCAAUUGGAAAAAUUGUUGCGUUAACUGAUCUGCGUUUUAUUGUGAGACCGAUGUCUUUACUCUGCCAGAUGUUAUUCAUACUGAACAUUGGAGUCACCAUUUUGAUCAAUUUUAGAGCCCAAGAAGAUGAAUUCCUUUUAGUGUUUCUCAUUGUCAAUCUACAUUCUGGCCUGUGUGUUCUCUAGCGUUGUCAUUAUCUUUGUUUUCUUGAUGUUAACAUGCAGUCUCAUAUUUGAAUCUCAGGAUUAGCCUCCUUGCUUUCCAGGAGCAAUGUUGUACCAUCUGCAUAUCGGAGGUUGUUAAUAUUCAUAUCACCAAUUUUAACUUCAAUGCUUCCCUCUACUCUACUUGGAAGGUUCCUUAUGCUGAUAUGGUAACUUCAGAGUGGCAGUCAUCACAAGUGAAUAAAGGUCAAGGCAAGAUGCAUUUCAUUCCCUCUUCCAGUUGUCCUUAAACAAAAAAGAUGCUUUCGAAGAUGUUGUCUUUGCUGCUGUGCCUGUGGAAUGGAUGGAUGCUUGUUUCUGCUACCCAGAAUGCGUCUGCCAUCCCUGUGAAACUGUGGGCUUGUUUUCCAAAAGGAGAAGCAUCUGAAAUAAAGUUGAUAUGCCGCAUGCAUGGAUUAUAUGCCAACAGUUCCAAUCCUGGAGUGUUCCAGAGCUUGUACAUAUUCCAUGCUGCUUCAGAUUCAGUCAGCUGCCAUUGGAGAGAUUUGGCUAAUUGUACUGUCAAGGCCAGUGGAGAAAUUGGACAUUUUUGUUAUGACAUGCAAAGGGACAGUUCAACUUUUCAUAUUCCUGUUUCAUGCCGACCUUUGCCAACACAUUUGGAUUCUCACAGUACUGGAAAAAGCAUAACCCAGGACAAUUCAUGUGACAUUGCCCUAAUUUCUGCUGCUUUAUGGAAAUUUGGUGCACCAUUGCAUCUGAGAACUGUUGUUGGAUCCCAACAUGAUACAUUUCUUAAAAAUCAUUUGCAGCUAUCCUUAAUUUCACCUUCAGGGAAAAAAACCACCCAAAUGAUUGUUAAUUGGGAAUCACAUGACUGGGAAGUAAAGGGACAAGACUUAAUUAGACAAGGACCCCCAGAUUGGAUAGUUCCAAUUAAAGGAACACAUUGUGAUCAAAGAGCAUCCUCUGUUAAGUUUAAAUUCUAUGGUCAUAUUUCCAUAACAGAAAAUAAUGGUGAACAAGGGUUGUAUCAGCUAGAACUAGGCUUUCAAAACAAAACAGUUCUUCAAUUUAACCCACUGAUCACAAACCUUCUUUCACUGCGCCAUAUGAGAAAUCCAGUUAUUGGAUCUCAUGUGUUAAAAUUAGAUCAGCCUGAGCAAAUUGUCAGGAGCCCACAGACCUCUCUGAAGGAGGUACAGAUUAAUUUUGAAGGUUUGAAUGUAUCACAGAAAAUGCCCCAGUGCUCUCCCUUUCUUGAUAUUAGCCACAGAGGUUGGAUGGAAUGGGUUAAAAUGUGGGAAGGAGUACACCAUGGAGAAAGAAUAAAAAGGGAAUUGUUAAAUUGGCUGGGUCCCCUGGGGGCAGGAGUUUCUUUUAUAGAUGCAGCCAACAUAGAAGUAUUAGCUAAUAAACUUUCAUAUUCCACAAAACAAAUAGGAAAACUUACUGCCCCAUUGACCAAAUCUUUCUCACAACUCACAAAACAACCACAAGCUAUCAGUAAAGUGCUUCCAGUCUGGGAAACAAUUUUAGAAAAUGAUAACAUACUGAUAGUCUCUGGGAUUCAAUCUCUCCAAAAUAAUGUUUCAUUGGCUUUAGCAUGUGAACAAGCCCAGGUAAUCACCCAAAAUGUAAUCAUGGAUAUGAUUCGAGAAGCUAAGGCAGGAAAAAUUCCCAUGGAGGUAAGCAAUUUAAUUCGACCAGAACUCACACCAGGUGAAAUUGCUUUAGAAGCUUGGUGGAGACUGCUAAAUGCAUCUUACGACUCUACUCAAAACAUUCUGCGGUUAUUCUUAAUAACUGUGGAGGCCACUCAGAUUAUUCCUAUCUAUCCAAUAGUGCCCCUGGGAUUCCAGAUUGACAGAGACUUGGUCAUGUAUUCCAGAGACUCUAAUAAAUGGGCACACUUGAGAGAUGGUGAGUGGCAAAGUGUUAAUGUGCAGGGCUGUGUUAAAAAAGAGAAUUUAGGCUUUGUAUGUGAUGAUAACAGCUUAGAAGAGCACCAUGAAUGCUUUUCUCCUCAGCUUAUAAAUAACUCUCAUUGUUCUUUUGAUGUAGUCCAAGAAGAAAUGUCUACUGUUGUAUAUACUGGCAAGGGCUGUAUUUGUGUUAGAACUCCAUGUGAAUUUAUAAUAAUUAAUAGUGUGAUCAUCCAACCUAUGCUUCCCUAUAUCAAUCGUUGCUUUUGCAAUAUUAGCGUGAUUGUAGGAUGUGAUUUCCAGUUUCGUGUACCUGUUUGGACAGUGCAACAUAUGAAAGCCUAUCCCUCUUUAUAUAAAGAGAUAUUUCCUAUUUCACUUGGACUUGGCCUUUCUACUCUUAAAAAUCUGCUUUCUCACCCCUCUCUCAAGCAAGAAUUACUGAAACUCAAAGAUAUGGGUGAAAAUGCUGCUCUUGAGAUUCACCACAACAAUCAGGAAAUUGCCCAGAUUGUAGCAAAGGUUACAUCAGCUGGAGACCAUGCCUGGUGGGAGGUGCUCCUGGGAUGGUCACCAAGUUCAAAUGGAGUACUAAAUAUUGCUCUACACCCUAUUGUGAUGAUUUUAAUCUUUCAAGUAGCACUAGUGAUUUGCUUAUUGGCAUUGGUCGGGUGGAUGAAAUGGCAAGCAAGUCGAUUGUAUUAUCUACAGAAGCAGAUAGUUUCCACCAAAACAAGAUGUGAUGGAAAUAUGUGCUCAGCCACCUGCCAUGAAAAGGGAGACACUACUGUGUCAUGUCCUUUUGAAAGCCAUAUUUAAGUUCUUAAUUUUAGUUUCUUACUUACUAAAUGUUCAAUAGUCUCCCACUUAUAGAAAAUAAUAUUUGUUUGCAAGGGUUGUAUGCUAGCUUUUUGUUGUUAUUAAGGAAAAGUUAAUGUCUUAGUGUCCGAAUCUCUUGGGUGCACAAAACCCAAAAUUCCUUCUGUCUCAAUACAGUCAGGAUUGCUGUUUACAGCUUUAUAAUUGAUAACAUCGUACAUAUUUUGGUCAUUGUACUAUUGGUAAAUACACCAA